GCAGAAGGCCACAUACAUGGACUCUCGCCAGGUGCUGCUGGUUGCGACGUACCUGCUGGGAACAUUGGCCGCUUUCUGCCAUGGACAGUCCUGGAGGAAUGACCCAGAUCACCAGGUGACACUAAGUGGCUCCAACUCCAAGUGUCAAGGUCAACUGUCGCUCCAGCAAGCAAACCUGAGGUAUACCGUGUGCAGUUCCAGUUGGCAGUGGAGCCAGGACCGCUGGAGAAAACCCCAUGAGGCCUCUGUAGUGUGCAAGCAGCUGGGAUGUGGUGAUCCCUUGGCCCUCGGCAGUUUCUUUUUCUCGAGCACACCCCAGAAACAGGUCAUCUGCCAUGGACCCCUGUUGUCUUUCUCCAACUGCAGCAAAAAUCCACCAGCCAGGUGUCUUCCCCUGAGCCUGAUCUGCCAAGAGCCCCAGAAGACAACACCUCCACCCACAACCACCCCACCCACCACCAUUCCGGAGCCCACAGCUCCUCCCAGAUUGCAGCUGGUGCCAGGUCACGAGGACCUGAGGUGCGCAGGUGUGGUGGAAUUCUACAAUGGCAGCCGGGGUGGCUCCAUCCUCUACAAAGCCAAGGACAGGCCCCUGGGCCUGGGGAACCUCAUCUGUAAUGCUCUACAGUGUGGAUCUUUCUUGACACAUCUGUCGGGGCCGGAGGCAGCAGGAACAGCAGCUCCUGGAGAACUGAGUGAACUCAGGCCCUUGCCAAUUCGAUGGGAGGCCCAGAACUCGAGCUGUUCCUCACUGCAAAAGUGCUUCCAGAAAACGAUGCCCCAGGAGGGUGGUCAGGCACUCGAAAUCAUCUGCUCCGAUUUCCAGCCCAAGGUUCAGAGCCGCCUGGUGGGUGGCAGCAGUGUGUGUGAGGGAAUCGCUGAGGUGCGCCAAGGAUCACAGUGGGCCGUCCUGUGCGACAGUUCUGCGGCCAGGGGUCGGGCACGGUGGGAAGAGCUAUGUCAGGAGCAGCAGUGUGGCGGCCUCAUCUCCUUCCACGUGCUGGAUGCUGACAGGACCUCCGCUGGGCUCCUCUGCGCCCGGGAGAAGCUAUCUCAGUGUUACCAGCUUCAGAAAAAAAACAACUGCAAGAGGGUGUUCGUCACAUGCCAAGAUCCAAACCCAAAAGGCAUGGCUCCAGGCACCGUGGCAAGCAUCAUCCUGUCUCUUAUACUCCUGCUGGUGCUGCUGGUCAUGUGUGGGCCUCUGGUCUACAAGAAGCUGGUGAAGAAGUUCCGGCAGAAGAAGCAACAUCAGUGGAUUGGUCCCACAGGAGUGAACCAGAGCAUGUCUUUCCAUCGAAGCCACACAGCAACUGUACGGUCCCAGGUCGAAAACCCAACAUCCCUUCACGUGGACAAUGACUAUAGCCAACCUCCCAGGAACUCCAACCUGUCUGCUUAUCCAGCUCUGGAAGGGGCCCUGCACCGCUCUUCCACCCAGCCUGACAAUUCCUCUGACAGUGACUAUGACCUGCAAGUGGCUCAGAGACUGUAAGAGAACUUGGGACCAAAAGGCUAAGCACAUCCUCUCUGUCCUGAGGAAGCAUUCGCCACUUGGAGAGCUGCCCAUUUCCAUC